CGUCAUUCCGCUUCGUUUUGCGACAGCUACUCAUUUCCGGCACCGAUGGCCGCAUGGGUUUGCUCCAGCAGCGUGUAAACUGAACGCAGCGCCGCUAAUCUAAAAGAAUAAGCAGCCGUGUGUUUAUUUAUUAGAUCUCUUGCUUGAAGAUGUCUUUCCGUGGAGGAGGAGGAAGAGGAGGCCGAGGAGGAGGAUUUAAUAGAGGAGGUGGAGGAGGAAGAGGAUUUGGAGGAAGAGGAGGUGGCAGAGGAGGAUUUAACAGACAGCAGGAUUAUGGACCUCCAGAAUAUGUUGUCGCACUGGGAGAGUUCAUGCAUCCGUGUGAAGACGACAUUGUGUGUAAGUGUGUGACGGAGGAAAACAAGGUGCCCUACUUCAACGCUCCCGUGUAUCUGGAGAACAAAGAGCAGAUCGGUAAAGUGGACGAGAUCUUCGGCCAGCUCAGAGACUUUUAUUUUUCAGUCAAACUGUCAGAAAACAUGAAGGCAUCGUCGUUCAAGAAGUUACAGAAGUUCUACAUCGACCCGGCAAAGCUGCUGCCACUCCAAAGAUUCCUCCCGAGACCGCCGGGUGAGAAAGGACCUCCACGAGGAGGCAGAGGUGGAGGACGAGGUGGAGGACGAGGAGGUGGGUUCCGAGGGGGCCGAGGAGGUGGUGGUGGUCGCGGAGGAGGUUUUGGAGGAGGAUUUGGAGGAGGUCGAGGAGGGGGAGGGUUCAGAGGAGGAAGAGGAGGAGGAGGAAGAGGAGGAGGAUUUGGAGGAGGCCGAGGAUUCAGAGGUGGAAGAUGAUGAUGAACGGUGCUCUGACUUUAUUCCUGCCUCAGAGGAAACCCUCAGACCGACACGCCGCAGAUGGAUGAUCGCUUUCCUCGCUCUUCCACACGCUGCCACGUCUAUCUGGCAGUUUUUUAUUUUUAUUUCUGUUUUACUGUGUAUAUUUUCAGGAGUGUGAUGAUGCUAAAUAUUCAUGACCGAGGUCGAGUAUUGUGUUGACCUCGGUAUGUUUGACCUGUGCUGGUUGAAUCAGGAAUCGGUGACCAUCAAUACAUCACACCUUUUGUAUGGAACUUGAAAACAUUCAUAAUUUUGUUACUGCAGAGAUAUGAAUGGAUCCGAAUUGUACAAUAGCAGCGCUAGCAUCAUGCUAGGGCUGAAUAAAAUCUAUCUUGUUUGUA